AUGUCUACCGAUUCCGCUACUGCAAAGAAGAGAGCUUCUGCUGCCUCUCCGAAGCGCACGUCCGAGGACGACCAUCGACGGAAGCGGCGCAACCGUCCCACCCAAUCAUGCUUAAACUGCCAUACUUCCAAGCGCAUGUGCGACCGUCAACGUCCUUGCGGUCGAUGCACACAGCUGGGGCUGACGGGCCUUUGCGUCUACGAAGUUGAUAAUCCUUCUUCGCAUCGUGCAAACGCGCAGGACGAGGCGGCCCGACUGCAAAAGCGAGUUGCCGAGCUGGAGAGCAUUAUCCGUGAGCUGAAGAACAAGCCGCAUCCUCGAUGGGCCCAGCCUGGAAGUGCGCCGGCCAACUGCCCUUCUCCAGCCAGUCUAUUAGCGGACGAAUCCGGAGCGGCGACUCCACCUUCAGCAGGAGGGCAUUCCCCGGGCUACUUCGCUAUACCGCCGAGGUCCCCAACAACACGAGAGCGAACCCCCAUCUCUCCCUCCGCGACGCUCGAGGCACCAUCUGGCCCUUCCGCCGGUCCUUCUGCGUUUGGACCGCCGUCCCCACUCAACACGCCUUCCCCAGCGGCCCAUUCGCCUACCGACCCUUACUCCUGCCAUGGCGGGGAUGCGCUCAGCUCCAUGCUCGCCGCGGAGUACGACCUGUCUUCUCUUCUGUCAUCCUCCCCUGCAUCUGCCCAAGGUGGCGUCGCCGAUGGCUACUUGAACGACAUGCUGGAGUCUCUCCUCAGCGCUCCCGAACCGUGUCCGAGCGGCCAUGGCCAUGAUGAUCACUGCGGUUGCCUCAACGACCACACAAGCUACAGCACCGUCCUCGAGCUAUCACUGCGAUUGCGGCGCGCGGUCGAGAUACUGUCGCGAUAUACCAAACAUAGCGCGCAGUCUGACUGCAAAGUUCAUAGGAGGAUCUCGGACCUUGACAGGUUCACGACGACUGCAUUGGGCAACAUCGUCUCACCCCCAGAGCCUAUCGCUUCCCAGCCCCGAACUCCGCCACUACCCGUUCCCGGGGCCUUCGGACGAGCACCCUACACGGGCGAAAGACAUUCCCAGAACGGCGCUGCGGUGGCGCUCGCCCCUGGCCCGCUCCAGUCUCCACGUGCAUGGGACUUCAAGUCCUACCCCAGCCCGCCCUGGGACGACUCGUUCAUGUCGUGGGAGCCGCUCCGGCAGCCUUCUGAGUGGUCGCAAGGGGCUGGGCUCUGA